UAUUUCAUAACAAAUAUGGAGCCUAUGAAAUUCUGGGAGUUCGUGUCAUUGGUAGUGGAAGGUCUUGGAUAUGAAAGGUCAAGGAUAAAGAUCCCCACCUUUGUUAUCAUGCCCAUUGCACAUUUGGUGGAGUGGAUAUAUAAGCUGCUAGGCCCAUAUGGGAUGAAGCUGCCUCAGCUAAUUCCUUCAAGAAUAAGAAUCAUAUCUUGCAGCAGAACUUUUGAUUGCUCAAAAGCAAAGGAUCGCCUUGGCUAUGCACCCAUUGUAACACUACAGGUUCUAUGACGUUUUAGAAACGUAAUAAUAUAUUAUA